GAGAUAUAUACUUCAAUUAGUUAAUUUGAGAAACCUAGUUGGGUUCAAUUGAAGAAAUGAAAGAGCCAUAUAUAUUAGCAAAGAAAUAUGACUGGAAAGGGUUUGUGAAUUUUUUCGAUCACAAUAAAACGCUAUUGAAUAGACAAAUAGACUUGCAUCAAAGCACUCCUUUUCACUAUGCAGCACAUUGUGGUAGCCCAGACAUGUAUAACAAAAUGCUAUCAAUGGUGGAUCCAUCAAUGCAACAUGUGUUGAGGAUGAAAGAUGACAUGGGAAACACACCACUUCAUGAAGUGGCAUUCACAGGAGAGGUUGAAAUGACAAAGAGUACAUUGAUGAAAGACAUGGAAGCACAGGCACAGUCAGAGUUUCCAUUGCAGCAGCCAUUACUAGAAGUGAGAAACAAACUUGGAGAAACCCCGGUUUAUAGGACAGCUGCUCUUGGAAAGACAAAUUUGAUUAAGUGUUUUCUUGACGAAUUGAGCGUGGAUUUAAGGGUUCAUUUUCAUAGAACUGUUGAUAAAAUGUCUAUUCUUGACAUUGCUGUCAUUGGCCAAUUCUUCGGCACAGCUUUAUUUUUAUUGAAAGGGUAUGGCGAACUCGCUGUUCAAAAGGAAGAAAAUGAUUUGACAGCUCUACAAUUGCUAGCCAAAAUGCCUUCUGCAUUUAAGAGUCAAACCCAGAUGCGAGCCUUUGAAAAUUUCAUAUAUCCUCUGCUUCCUGAUUAUCAAGAUGAUGCAUAUUACCUUCAAGAUAAUGAUAUUACUAGAAAAAGAGAAGAUGUGGAAACUGGCAAAAAUGGCAAAAAUGAACCACAUCAAACUCAACGGAAGCAACCACUCCAAAUUCAUCAUACAAAGCUCUCAGGUUUUUCAUGGAUGUGGUAUACUAUAUGGAAGGCUCUUUCCAAAGAAUGGAAAAGUAUUAAAAAACUUUGGAAGAAAAAAGAAAUGCAUAACUUGGCACAAGAACUUGUUCGCUUGUUAGCAAAGAAUGACAUUUCAUGGCAACAUAGUUCAAUAGCAAUGGACAGAACAGUCUGUAUAGGAAUACAAAAAGAGAAACAAGAAGAACAAGAUGUUCCAACCCAUAAAGCUAUUAUUUAUACACCAUUGCUUAUGGCAGCUUGUAAUGGAAUCAUAGAGAUAGUAGAAUUGAUAAUCCAUUUUCAUCCUCAAUCAAUUGAGCAUGUCAGUAAAGAUGAGCAGAACAUACUGUACAUGGCUGUCAAACAUCGCCAGUUAGAAAUUUUUCGAAUGUUGAAGAAACGGAAAAUGGUGAGACGUCUUGCUGGAAAAAUAGACAACAAAAAUAACACUGUUCUCCACAAUAUUGCCGAUUUUAAAGGAGGAUCGCAACCUGGUUAUGCCCUGCAAUUGCAAGAGGAGUUGCAUUGGUUUGAACGCAUAGAGAAGAAACUUCCUUAUCAUUACGUCAUUCACAAAAACGACAACAACCAAACUGCAAGGGAACUCUUCGAGCAAAAGCACGAACAACUUCUGAAGGAUGCUCGUGAAUGGAUAAAAGGGACAGCCCAGUCAUGUUCUGCGGUAGCUGCCCUUGUCGCGACAGUUGUCUUUGCGGCAGCUUACACUGUCCCGGGAGGCACAGACGACCACGGCUUCCCAAGGUUACUCCAUCAUCCUAUAUUUGUAGUGUUCAUGGUCAUGGAUGUUGUGGCACUUGCAAGUUCAUUGGCAUCAGUGGUUAUGUUCCUCUCAAUCCUCACAUCACCUUGUGAGUUAUGGGAUUUUAGGAGGUCUCUACCUAGGAAACUAAUGGCAGGUUUUGCCUUCUUGUUCUUUUCUAUGGCCACAACCAUCUUGGUGUUUACUGCAACAAUUUUGUUGAACAUCAAGUUAGAUAAGAGCAAAUGGAGUUCAACUUAUAGUGCAGCAUUUUUCCCCGUCAGUAUUUUUGCAAUGAUGCAGUUCACUUUAUAUGUUGCCAUGAAAGGAUGUCUUAUGGCACUCCUUAGGAGCCUUAAGAAGAUUGUUCCUCGUUUACUCAAGUUGAUCAAAAGGAGUAAGAAAAAUAGACUAUGGGAUAUUUGAUAUUUAGUGUUCUUUUUACCCUUUUCCUUUAGCCAUAAUUUAUUUUGCUUUUUUCUAUA